AUGUACGCCCUAACGCCCCCCAAACCCCCCUCAAUUGUCUACACUAUAUUCGGCAUCCAACAACACGCCAAAGACACCCCCUCCCCACUAAGCACCCAGCUUACUGCCCUCCUAACACCACACCUGCCCCCCGAAAACACCACAACCCUAACCCACCCAGGCCCGGGCCCCUUAACAACAACAAUCCAACUAACCUACUGGCCCAGCACGGCCGACUACGAAAGAUGGUGGCACAGCGACCCCGUAACGACCUUUUGGGACGCCCUCCCGGACGACGCAGGCAUAUACCGCGAGACCAUCACCGUGGCAUCUGACAGAACCCAGCACAGCACAAACAAGCCCUUGAACAUUGGGAUGGGUUGUCUGGGAUCCUAUACUUCCGUUCUGGAUAAGUCCGGGUAUUGGGGGUGUUACUAUCACCGGAUACCGGCGACGGCGUCUGCUACUGGUCCUGAAGGAAGGUUGCCUAGUCCGUUGAAGGGGGCGCCGAAGAAGACAGAGGCAACGGGGGGGAUCAGACAGGGUCGGGUGCGUUUGACCCGUUUCCCCGAGAAUCUCUGCUUCGUGGUCGAAGGGCAGGAUCACUCGGAUCUUACGACUGCGGAACGGGAAACGUGGUUUGAGAAGUUUGAUGCGCCUGCUACGGGAUGGUUGAGUGAGUUACAGUCUGCGGGUUCGGAAAAGGGGCUUCUGGACAAGCGAAUGUGUUAUGACCCGCGGAGUGGGAAGUUUCGGGAUGCGGAGCCCGAGGCGUUCAGUUUUAAUCGCAAGGUGCAGCUGUUUUACUUUCAGGAUAUGGAGGGUAUGGAGCGGAUGGGGAGGAUGAGUAAAGUGCAUGUGUUGCUUAGGAAGGAGUUUUUGAAGUCUUAUGGGCCCGGCGGGGAGUUGGCUGGGGCGCGGGGAUUCAUUUGUGGGUGGAGACGAGUAUUUUGA